CACUUGUCUUACAUACGCAGAUGAUGGUAGUAAUAAAGUAUUGAAAGAUAUUUAAGUUGCAGAUAGAUAGAUUCUGUGUGUCUGACUCGAAACUCUAAAAGCAUACUUGGAGCCGCACGUUCGUCAUCCCGUGUGUCCCUCUUGUUGGUCCUUUUCUCCUUUCCUUUUCACUACUUAUAUUUCACUCUUAUCCUUAGUUCAGCUAUCUUCUUUCACGUUUGUUUAUCCGUCUCAUUCACACGUACGUUUCUUUGUCUUCAGAUUUGAUUGCCACACGUCUUACUUCAGAUCAUACUUAAAUAGCAUCCAAUAAAAUGCAUUUAUUAGCAGCAGCACUAUAACAUAACAAAACCGAGAACCAGUAUCCGAAAUUAUAAGUUUAUAUCCAAUUGUUAACAAAAACGAUUUAGGUGUUCUAUAACUUUGUACCAAAAAUCAUACUAUUUGAUUUUAAAUAUUGCAAACUUUCAUCUUUCAGCAUAGGGCUGGGUAUUCAAGUACUCUUUGGGGUAUAGAUAAUAUCCAUUUGGAUAUUGGUUUUUUUGAAUUUUAAAAAAUGAUCUUAUCCAGGUAUUACAAAAAACCGAGUCAAAUUAUAUAAAUAUCUAAAAUAGGUUUAUAAUUUUAAUUUAAAUAUUAAUAUUAUAUAUAUAUAUAUAUAUUUAUAUGUUUGGAUAUUUUGGAUACUCGCUGGGUUCUCUCUGCGGAUCUGGUUCGGUUUCGGUUUUUCAGGUUUUGAGAAAUGAUCCCAUUCGGAUAUUUAAAUAGGAUCCUACCAGGUCGGAUACCCCAUUUUUCGGGUCUGUUCGGGUAAAUAAUUGGGGUAUGGGUAUUAUGCCCAACCCUAUUUCAGCUCGUAAACAGGUAAAUCAUCUCCAUUUCAAAAGUUUAGUACGAGCGGUAAAAGAACACAAUUAUUUACAAUAUAAUAAAAGAGACUGAAGAAGAAAAAGGAAACAGUUGUUAAUCUCCUCUCGGACUCAGAUGAGUAGCUCCGUCACUUUUGUCACCGGCGUUCACUGCCACCGUUCGCCUUCCGACGUCUCACGACUAUCUCUCCGUCUCCGCCACUAAACCAAUGGUGCUCAAAUCUCGUAUCGUCUCACAACAUCUCGCGCUCAUCUCCUCUCAACCUCGCAUCAAACGCGCGAGCUGAAGAAGAGAUUCUACGAUGACGAUUCGUUGCAAAGCAGGCGUAAAAUCCGCAGAUUCCGAUCCUUCGUCGUCUCCGUCAUCUGAGGAGGAGGUCGAAGCUGAAGCGAAGGCGAGCGUAGGAUCAUCUAGGGUUAAGGUAACGGCGCCGUUGAAGGUUUAUCAUCUAAACCGCGUCCCUGAGGUUGAUUUGGAAGGUACACUGAAAGAUUACGUCGCCGUGUGGAAAGGGAAACGAAUAUCAGCUAAUCUUGAGUUCUUUAAAGAGGUUGAAGGUCGUGGUCUUGUCAAGUUCGUCUCUCAUCUCAAGGAAGACGAGUUUGAGUUCGAGUUCCUUGAUGAUGAUGGAACAACAAUAAAGGCUAUUUCUUUUUCUCUUUUAAAGAGAUGUAUGUAUACUUCUAGCCAUCAUAUACAUAAUAGUGCUGUUCAUUUGGUUGCCGCAGCAUCUCUGAGCUCGAUCAUAAUAGUGCUGCAUUGGCGUCUGCGUCUGCAAAACGAACAACAACCAAACAAAAACAAACAGACGCAGCUGCAAACGCAUGCCAAACGAACAGAACAGCACUAGUAACCUCCAUUUGUUACUAUUAAUUCAUCGAUUGCCUUAGUCCCGUUAAUGAGUUCUCACUGUUAGUGAUAGAUACAUGUAUAGGAGACUCUUUGAGGAUUUAGAAGAAACGAAAAGUUUUGAUCUUGAUAAAAGAUUCUUGGUUCAUAACGAGAAUGCAAGCUGUGUUUGUUUUAAACCUCUUCCAUGUCAAGGCCAAGUUUUAACAAUGGGGGAGUUUACUAGAUUUGGAGCCUGCAAAAACUCUUUCAUGUGACUUUGUGAUUGCGAAACUUUGUUCUCUCUGUUGGAUUCAGGUGUCUUUUUAGCAUUUGAGUGUUUUGUUUCUAAUGUUUGUAGAAGACAGGUCAGCCACGUGAUCGUGGUGCUGGUCAUUAAUGAUAUUUAAUCCUGCUGCGUAUUGUGGUUGCAUUUGAUCUUCUAGUGAAAUUUGUGGACAAAUGCAAUCUAUCUACAUUGUUCUUGAGUAUGUCGUCAUCAAUCGCGUUUGAUCUUGGAGAUGAUCGAUAUUUGUUAGUCUUCGAAACCUCAUGGAUUCUCAGAUAAACGUCUGAAACAUGUUUAUCCUUCAAAUAACCAUCCAUUAGUUAUCCAAACCAUUUCAGAUUCCAAAUCAUAACCAGUAAAAAUGUGUGAUCGAUAGUGUAGGAGGAGAAGCUAUCAACACCAAAAUAAAUAUUCUACCUACACUAAUGUUAACAUCCCGACUGUUUCCGUUCGUGAGUCCCACUCUUGGUAUGCAAAAGACUUGUACGAAAACAAUAUAGUUUAGGUAGAGAGCAUCGUCACAUAUCGUUAGGUAGACAAACUUCAUCAUCGAAUUUUCUAAUAAUUAAUUAUAUCAUGACUUUGUCGUUAAUUAUUAUCCAAUGGAGAAAAAAAAACUUAGUAUCUAAUACAUUACGUUGAAUUUGCCAGAAAUGUUAUUGUUGCUCUCGACUCUAACGUUUUAACUACAUCCAUGUAACACGUCUUCCAACCUCCUAACACAUUCAACGUUUAUUUAAAAUUGGAGUGGAUGGAGAUUCGAGGUUCAAAACAUUAUAACUAUAUUAAAAUAUGAAAAGAAUUAUUGGAUUGCAAAACUCAGAUUUAGUGACAGCACAUCUAGGCCAUGCCAGGGUAUACCAUGGUGGCAAUGAUUGAUUUUAACUUUUUAAUGAUCAAGAGUGCACUUUGAAAAGCAGGCAUAAUUAUAUUAGAAGGGACAUGUAAUUUAAAGUCAAAACGCUUAUAUCCGUAAUUUUAGGUUUAUGUUUCAAAUUUUGAGUAAUCAUUCUAUAUUUUUCAGUGGUAGUGUGAUAUUGAAUCGAUCGAAAGGGAUUUGAACUGCUGGUGUUAUAAUUACGUGAAGUUGCUAAAGAGAACAUAUAGUGAAAAGUAAGUUAUAUUAUACUAGAAUGGAUAUAUAUAGCUAAUAGUUUGUGGUGCUUGCUCAAUAUUCGUUUUCACCUGAGUUCAUUACUUGCAUAAUAUAUUGCGAGAUCAAAGUUAUAUCACUUAGGAACCCUUAGGAAUAACUCUUGUUAGAUCUAUCAAUAUUCAUGUUUUUUAUAAACAUGGAAUUUCCAGUCCUUGUACUUAUAAUCUUUCACAAAUCCUAAGUCAGCUUAUAUAUAUUGAUUAAAAAAAACUUUCGGAUAAUAAAAAAAAUUGCUUAAAAGAAUUUGAACUAUUUCACAAUUUCUAUGUGUCAUCUUUGCAGAGGAACCAUGCUAAUCUAAAUUUAAAUUUAGGACACCAAAAAAAACGAAUCUCCUUAUACUACCACUAAGUUACCAACAUUUAAGUAUAUCAAUAUUCAUUUAUCAGUCAAUAUUCUUGUUUUGAAUAUAGUUUGAGCAAAUAUCUUAAUAAUUGUUUGCAAAAUUUCAUGGUUAAUCUUAACAUGUUUACCAAAAAAUGCAUGGUUAAUAGUCAUUUGGAAGCUAAUAAACGUGUUUCAAUCAUCUUCCACAUCAAAAACAUUUCUUAUACAUAGUGACUAGGUGAUAACCCGCGCCUUGCGCGGAAUAAAAUUAUUAAUUUUAAUAUUUAUAAGUUAAGAAGAUAUUAGAUCUGUUUAGUGUGGACAUCGAUUUGAUUUUAGGUUGGAUUUUUUUAGAUUUAACUCUUUUAAAAUAUAACAACCAUUCGGAAGCUGUAUUUAUUUGGGUUUGUUCGAUUAAACUGAUUUUCGUU